AUGGCUCGUGCUCUUGCUCGGAUCCAUGAUCGACGGGUUCUCGUGGUGGAUAUUGCCAGUCGGAACUUCCUGCUUGACUCGGACUUGUUGAUCAGCUUUUGCGAUUUUACCGAGUUUACCAUUCUGCCGCUCGACACUUGCAUGGAGACGGCCGAUGACGGGGGAUACUCAGUACAGACCGACAUCGGACAGCUAGGAGCAGUGAUGUACGAGGUGAUUGUCGGGGACAAGUGCAAAUUUGACAUUUGGAAAUCUGCUCCGCCAGAUGCUACCCGUGGUGUGUGGCCACCAAGGGAAGACCUUCCCAGGACCAACGACAUUUGGCUUGGCUCGAUCAUUGAGAAGUGCUGGACUCGGGGCUCAUUUAUUUCCGCCUACGACCUGUGCAACGAGCUGGAAGCUGUCGAACUUGACGAUGAGCCUGCGGAACAAUGCUGGACAGCUGAUCGAUUACUAUCAAGGCUUGCAGUCACUGCUUAUGCGUGGAGUCGAAGAUACAAAUGA